AUGGCCGUCUACAGCUCGACCAUUGCCCAACAUACCACUGGUGGGACCGACAGUGAUGAUGCCAAGUCCCACCACGUCAAGAACUGUUUUGGGAGGACCACCAAGUUCAGGAACCCACAUCCGUCUGCCAAAGAGAUCAACUUUACCGACAUCUUGUCGGUCAUGACUGGUCGCCUUACCGGCAAGUAUAAGUGGCCUACGCCCAAGUUGGAGGACGGGCUACUCAAUGUUGUCGAACCAAAAUUUCUCGAGAGCCGCACUGGCUCAACACAGCUGCGGGCUACCUGGCUGGGACACGCAUGCUACUAUGUCGAGUUCCCAUCGGGUCUCCGGGUGCUCUUCGAUCCCGUCUUUGAAGACCAUUGUGCCCCUGUCAAGUCCCAGGGUCUCAAGCGGUACACGCCGCCGCCAUGCGAGCUUUCCGCUCUACCGCAUGUCGAUGCCGUCCUGAUCAGCCACUCUCACUACGACCACUUGUCGUAUUCCUCCGUCCUCGAGGUCCAGAAGCACCAUCCUAAUGCCCACUUCUUCGUCGGCCUUGGUCUUGAGAAAUGGUUCAAGGCAAGCGGCAUCGAGAAUGUCACCGAGCUAGAUUGGUGGGAUGGCGUCGACCUCAAGCUCGACCCGCAGUCGCCAAAGAAGAAUGCGAACGUGGAGGAUAGCCACAGCAGUGAUGCCAACGCCGAACCGAUCACUGCCAGAAUAUCCUGUCUGCCGUGCCAGCACGGAUCGGGGCGCGGCAUGCUUGAUCAAAACACGACGCUGUGGUGUAGCUGGGCCGUGUCAUCUGGUGGCUCCUCUGACGAGGUGCCAUCCAAGUCGGUGUGGUUCGGAGGCGAUACGGGAUACCGGACUGUCUAUAAAAUGGCUGAAGGCGAGGACGACUAUGGUCCUGAGCACCAGGAUCUGCCGCGCUGCCCGCAGUUCAAGCAGAUCGGCGAGAAGUUUGGCUCGUUCGACCUCGGCCUGAUCCCUAUCGGAGCAUAUGCCCCGCGCGAGGUCUUCUCGCCGGUGCACGCAAACCCCUUUGAUGCCGUCGAGAUCUUCAGGGACACAAACUGCAAGAGGGCCAUGGCCAUCCAUUGGGGAACCUGGGUCUUGACCCCUGAGGAGCCUCUCGAGCCACCGAAGUUGCUGAAAGAAGCCCUUCGUCGCAGAGGUAUUGCCGAGACAGGCGUUUUUGACGUCUGCGAUGUUGGCGAGAGCAGGUCGUUCUAG